UUAGCUUGAAGUAUCGCCGGCCUGCAGGGAGCGUUGUAUCCUGAAGGUUAGCGUUUGAGCGGCGAGUGUGGACAGAACAGGGUUUGUGAGCGCCCCCUUUUUUCACCGCUGGCUAUGAUAGUGUUUGUCAGGUUCAACUCCAGCCAUGGUUUCCCAGUGGAGGUAGAUUCAGACACCAGCAUCUUCCAGCUCAAGGAGGUGGUUGCUAAGCGACAGGGAGUUCCAGCUGACCAGUUGCGUGUGAUUUUUGCAGGGAAGGAGCUCAGGAAUGACUUGACGCUGCAGAGCUGUGACCUGCCCCAGCAGAGUAUUGUUCAUAUUGUUCAGAAUCCGCGGAAAAAGGAUCAAGAAGGGUGUGAGGCUGCAAGUGAAAAUAUCUGUGGCUUUCUAACAGGUGACAGGAGAGAAGGCGAAAGCCUCACUCGCCUGGAUCUCAGCAGCCACCUCCUGCCUUCUCAUUCCGCUGGGCUUGCUGGGAUCUUGGAUACAGAGGACAACAGCAUUGGCUGUCCAGUGGACAAUUCAGGUGCUGCUAGGUACAACAGCUUUUAUGUUUUCUGCAAAAGUUUCUGCCGCGAUGUGAAACCUGGAAAGCUCCGGGUCCGUUGCAAAACAUGCAGGCAAGGGACGCUGACUCUGGCAAGGGGUCCAUCUUGCUGGGAAGAUGUUGAGGUUCCAAACAGAAUAACUGGUACUUGCCGGUCCCAAAACUGCAGUGGAGAAGUUGCGGAAUUCUACUUUAAAUGUGGAGCACACCCAACCUCUGACAGUGAGACAUCUGUGGCACUGAACCUCAUUACAACAAAUAGUCGGUGUAUCUCAUGUAUAACCUGUACAGAUGUUCGGAGUCCUGUGUUGGUAUUCCAGUGCAUUCAUCGCCAUGUCAUUUGCCUGGACUGUUUUCAUUUAUACUGCGUGACUAUGCUGAACAAUCGUCAGUUUGUCCAUGACCCUGUCCUUGGCUACUCCCUCCCAUGUGUGGCUGGCUGUCCAGAUUCCUUGAUUAAAGAGCUGCAUCACUUCAGAAUUCUGGGCGAGGAGCAGUACAACCGUUACCAGUGCUAUGGUGCAGAAGAGUAUGUUCUGCAGAUGGGUGGUGUCCUGUGUCCCACCCCAGGAUGCGGAGCCGGCCUGCUUCCUGAACCAGAAGUGAGAAAGAUAGCAUGCGAACCAAGCAAUGGAAUGGGCUGUGGGUUUGUGUUCUGCCGUGAAUGUAAAGAAGAAUACCACGAAGGUGAAUGUCAAACUCUCCUUGAAACUCAAGGAGCCACUGCACAGCAGGGAUAUGAGGUUGAUGAGCAUGCAGCCAUCCAGGCUAGAUGGGAAGAGGCAUCCAAAGAAACAAUCAAAAGGACAACCAAACCAUGCCCUAGCUGCCAUGUUCCAGUGGAAAAGGAUGGUGGAUGCAUGCAUAUGAAGUGUCCCCGACCACAGUGCAGAUUUCAGUGGUGUUGGAACUGUGGCUUAGAGUGGAAUAGAACGUGUAUGGGAGAUCACUGGUUUGACUGAUCACCAAGGAGAACCAUGAACAGCCAACAGCUCAUAUGUCAAUAUGCUGGUACUAUAGAGUGCAGAAACAGAAACCUAUCUGGUUCUACCGGGGGCAAAUUCUGUACUCCUUGCUCAGGGUAUAAAUUCCUCAUUAGUCCCAGAUUAAGGAGUUCAAGAUGGGAACUGCUCUUUGUUUGUUCACCUACAUAUCAGAUCUAAUCCUCACUGUGUUUUCAGAUGGUCCUUAUGCCUCCUACCUUGAUAAUGGCACCCAUCCCCUAAAUAUUGCUAUGACACAUUACCCCUCACUCCACCAGCACUUCCUAGUAGCAUUCAUCCUUUAGGAAAAUGGGUAAUGUUACCAGUGUCCACUUCUCUUCAAUAAGUUCAUUCUAAGCUGGACCUUUCAAUGCUGUUUUUAAUACUGUAGCUUUCUGACCAUCAGCAUUUCAAGUUUGCAGCCGGGCUUAGUAUUUCACAGCUUCCUUUCUAAAAGAGUGGAGUUUUCAUCUUCCCAAACAGAUUUUCAGUUGUAAAGCUCACUGCCAUAACAAAAUGUAAGUGUUUCAUUUCUCAUGCCUGUUUAGCAUGAUUUCCCAUAGCAUGUGGAUUUUCUUCAUUUGCUAUGAUAGGUUGCCCAUCACCUUUUUGUGCAGUAUAUUUCCAUGUCUGCCUCGCUUAAAGGUAUGUGGCAAUUUCCAUUCUGCUUGGUAGGGGUACAAAUUGUUACAGGAGUUGUAUCUGGAAAUUUAAUUUAUUUUCAGCAGUAUUUCCUGAUAUGUCUUUGGAGACAUUGUGAAGGUUUGAAAACAUUAUGCUGCAUAUAGGUUUUCUGCACAAAUUGUCCAGGUGCUUAGGAUGUUCUUGAACACAUGUAGGUAUUAAGAGUCAUAACCAAAUCAGUCCCGAAGUUUACAAAAUGUAGAACUGGUUUUAAGACAUUUGAAGACAAACUUUUGGGAGGGGUGACUCACAUACCCACAGAAUGCAUCAACACACAAGGCAGGGAGGCGGCCCAUGUUGUAACUUAGCACUGGAUGGAUUAUGAAGCAUUUGGACUGUUUCACCAGUGGGGCAGGCAAUGAGAACCGACUGGAACUUCAUGUAUAUGUACAUCCAGGAAUAUGUAAUGCAAGUGCCAAGAACAAAUUAGUAGUUGCUUUAAUUUAAUCAUAGAGCAGUGCAAGUUACCAAAGCUGGUCUGAUUUAAGCACAGAUAAAUGAAUGUAGGCAGAUGUUAAUACCAGCUGAACUUUAUAUCCACCUGCAAUAUGGAUUGAUGAUGCGGAACAAAAUGUGAGAGCAGUAGACCCAAGUGUUCAAACCCAGGCCACUGCCAAAUAGCUAUAAAGCAGGAUGGGAUAAUUAAGAGAAGUGGGCAACUUAUGGCCAUCCAGAUGUUUUGUCCUAAAGCUCCCUUCAGUCUAGCCAACAUAGCAAAUGGUGAGGGAUUAUGGUUGUAGGCCAAAACAUCUGGAGGACCACAAGUUGCACACCCCUGGGUUAGCAGAAGCAGAAUUUUGAACAAUGCCUCCAUCUGCUGCUUUUUCUCCCCAAACUCCUCUCCAAGCUGUUUUCUUCUAGUUGGACUUAUUGUAGCCUGGCUAGAAGAAGAGAAGCUAGGGAAAGCCAUGGGGAGAGGAAGGGGCCAGCUCUGUCUUCUGCAAGCUGCUUCUCUGUUCUGGGCUUGAAUGCAGGGGCUUGCCACCAUCACAUCUAAUACAGUUUAUCUGCUUUAAAGUGUGUAAAAAUUAUGACAGUAAGCAAGUGAUGCGAAGCAUUUCCUGUUGUAAGUUGACUCUCUCCUGCUGGCUUUGGCUGCUGUGGUUUCUAGGGAUGAUUAUGCUAUUGAAGAAAGCCAUUCAGGCACCCAGUUUCCUGUAGGUGUAGGGUGGAUACCACAGAAAGAAACAGAGACUGUGCUUCAUAACGGACAGCAUAGAAGAGAUAGAGAGGAACAACCAAAGAGUGAAACAGUGAGUUGACCCAGGGUUUUGUUGUCCAUAUAGUUCUGGAGAGCCACCAUGGUACCAUCCACCAAGAAGUGUGCUCCUGCACACUUCCCAUUCAUUUGAAGGUGGCUUGCACAGGAGAACUUAACUUCCUACUGGGUUGUGGGCCCAAUGAGUAAAUGUGGAGUUUAAGCUGUCUAUUGCUUAAUCAUGUGAGAGUGCUUCUCACCUUAUUAAACUAUAGGAAUACUCUGGCAAGUUUAAUGAUGGAAAAUGCCCUAAGGUAUUCAAUACAGCACAAUGAAAAUCAUAGUCUCAUUACAAGCCACUGUCUUUUUCAGAGAAUUUAUUUCAUACACUAGAACACAUUUUGUGAUAUUUGCUAGUGACUACAGAUAAUCAUACUCCAUAUAGCAACACCAGUUGUAACUUGUGAUAGCCUACUUUUUUGAUGUCCUCAUUUGAUCAUCUUUUUUCUAGGUUACCACAUGAAGGAUUUUAUUAGGCUCAGGGAAGCAACAAACAGCUUAGCUCUAUAUCUUCAUAGAAGAAACGGAUAUGAACUGAUAUAUUUAUGUGACUCAUGGUGCAGGGUGGAAACAGGAAACUUUGCUUGUGUCCAAAGUCUGGUGUUAUGGGUUGGGUCAAUAAUUGGUGACUCAUUUUAUUUUGAAAACCGUGUAACUACUCAAAUGAAACAUCCUCUUCAGCAGAUAUGAAAACAGACGUUUUACUUGAGACCAUGUGUAAUGAAAUGAGUUUGAUUUACAAUAGUGUGUGACCUCUAGCUCUAAUCCAUCUUUUUCACCCUAUGAAAGAUAGUUGUACAUGCCCACUUGGAGUAUUUCCAAUAUAAAGAAUUGCCUUUUUGCUUCCCCCCCCCCACUUUUCUUUAAUGCAUUAUUCACCAAGAGCACAAAAAUACUGAAUGUGGAAAUAAUUUUCAGCUGGGCAAGGGUUUCACCAUCAUCUUAAGAGAUCACCAUAAAAUAAUGGAUUGAAUCCAGACUUGUUGCACUUCUAUCCCAUUGAAAUCAUAUAAGUAGCUAGUCAUUACUGUCUUAGCUCCGAUGGAUUUCAUUUGUUGACCUGGCAAAUUAUAGAAAAUGGAAGCCACUCUUAUAAGAAAUUGACUUAUUAGAUAGUUAAAAUUGUGACAGUCCCAAAAAGGAAAGGAAAGAAUGGGAAAGGACGAGAGAAUAGCUUCUGCAUCAAUCAUUGUCAUAGUUUGACAUAUCAGCAAGUUCUGCCUUAUACAGAAAUAACAGCUACACAAUCAAAGAAUUUUACUCACAUGCUAAAUCCAAGCAAUUUCCUUUGUGAUGUCUGGAUGAAGAUCUUAAGGAUAAGUAUAAAUAAAUAAAUA